AUGGCGUAUAAAGAUGACAAGCUUUACGUGUAUACGUUAGAUCAUUGCAUCAAGAUUCUUGAUUUGUCAUCUAAAGAAGUCACUUAUCGUAACAAUAUGUUUCACAUUGUUUUGCAACUUGGGGUACUUAUUUGGAAGACGAGGAUAGCGAUUGCGAGCACAGGGGAGGUUUUGAUAGUUCUUAGCUUAAAAUGGUUUUCAGAGGAACGUUUCUUUCACAUCUACAAGAUGAAUAUAGAAAGUGGUGAGUGGGAGAGAAUAGAUUCUCUUGAAGGUGAGAUGUUGAUAUUUGGUUAUGGGGUCACAGUAAGAGCACCGAUCAAAGACUCUAGAGUGAUUCAAUCUAUUUCCGUGGUGAAGUUGAUCUUUGGCCAAGUCGUUUGA